AUGGAAGAGCUGACCGCGUUCGUCUCCAAAUCCUUCGAGCAGAAAAACAAAGAUAAGAAAGAGGCGAUCACUUAUCGGGAAGUUUUGGAGAGCGGGUUAGCUCGAUCCAGGGAGCUGAGCGGCUCGGAUUCCAGUUGCCAAGACAUCACAGACACCAGUCAAUGCCCGACACACAUUUACAAGGAUAUAGAGAGUGAGAACGAGAAGGUGAAAGAAUUGAAUUCGGCCAGAAGUUCUGAAGGUAUUUAUGAAUGUAAAGAGAAAAGGGAGGAUGUGAAAUCGGAGGACGAGGACGGACAAACAAAGUUGAAGCAAAGACGCAGUAGGACCAACUUCACACUGGAACAGUUGAAUGAACUGGAGAGGCUCUUCGAUGAGACUCACUACCCCGACGCCUUCAUGAGGGAAGAACUUAGCCAGAGACUAGGGUUGUCCGAAGCUAGGGUCCAGGUUUGGUUCCAGAAUAGACGAGCCAAAUGUCGGAAGCAAGAAAAUCAAAUGCAUAAAGGAGUCAUAUUGGGAACCGGAAGUCACUUAGACGCCUGCCGAGUUGCUCCGUACGUCAACAUGGGAGCAUUACGGAUGCCCUUCCAACAGGUUCAGGCGCAGCUACAGUUGGACGGAGUGGCGCAUGCGCACUCACACCUCCACCACCACCUGGCGGCGCAUGCGCCCUACCUGAUGUUUCCUCCACCUCCCUUCGGACUGCAGAUCGCCUCGAUCGCCGAGUCCGCCUCGGCUGCCGCCGCCGCCGCCGCCGCCGCCGCCGUCAAGACGAGCAGCAAGAACUCAAGCAUCGCUGACCUAAGGCUCAAAGCCAGAAAGCACGCCGAGGCCUUGGGACUCUGACAGUUAGCGGAGACGGGUCGCCACCACCUCCAUCAUGCCCACCACCAUCACACCCAGUGCCCGACUGGUGAUCAGUGCCAAAACUAUCAAUUUCAGAAACUCCUCUGUCAGUAUCAACAGUUGCACUACAUAAUGCAAAUGCAGGAGCCCCGAAUGGGAGAAGGUAGCAGCAACUGCAUGCCCGGAUCUCAAGAGCACUUCUAAAAACAAAAUCACUAAAGCUCUCUCAGAGACAGAAACGCAAAACAAAUACUCGAUUCAGACUCAAAGGGGUGAAUCCCACUGUGCCAAAGGGCAAAAGGGCACGGACUGGUCUGGGUCAGAAAGACCACCCCUCAUUACUAUUAGGGGGUACGAUUUACGUGGCGGGUUCGGAGCAUUUUCUCUUUAAAUUGGGGGCGAGGUAGACUCGGCCAUAGAUACAAUCUGUGUGUGACCUCGCGUGUAUCUGUGCCUCUGUAUGUAUAUGCACAUUUGUAUAAACAUAGAUGGGGGUACGCAGUCAUUGAUUUAGAUCUGAGCGAACAAAAACAAAAUUGCUGACAUUUUCUUGCGAGUUGGUUGGGGGGUGGAUAUGGAGGAAUGGCGUUUUAGUCUGGUUUGGAGUUGAAGACUUGAUAUUCUAACCAUUCAUCUCGCCUUUAAGUUUAUCCGCGCUCAUGGUGACACCGAACGGCAUAAAACAAGAUGUGAAACGGUAACGAGGAACUCUCAUUACAUGACCUGUCUGGGGCUGGUCUCCAUUUGAAACAAUGUAACCAAGAGCGCUUUCUCUUUCCUAUAUAAAUAACUACGGACUGAAGGCAGAUUUAACCGCUCUUGCAAGGCGGCUCUUCCAAUGCUAAAGGACUGUUCACCGCGAACAAC